AUGGAUGCGGUGGCAAUCAUCGGUCUGGUAUCCAAUAUCAUAUCCUUCAUCGACUUCGGAUCUAAAUUCGUCAAAGAGGCGCGCGAAAUCUACAACUCUGCCUCGGGGGUUACAGGAGAUGCUCUCAGCCAUGGGCUCAUUGCAGGGGAAAUGCGGAAAUUCGCCGAUGACCUCGUGCCAUCGGGUCAACCUGUUAACAAGAAGGACAAAGCGAUAUGUGAUCUCGCAAAAGAAUGCAAGAGUGUGGCGGAAGAUAUAUUGAAACUCUUGGAUAAGAUAAAGCCGAAAGGGUCCAAUUCGAGCUUCCAGAGCGUCCGCAGUGCGAUUAAAGGGCUAAGGUAUGAAAAGGACAUAUCGAACAUGCAGGACAAAUUGGAAAAGUGCCGAAGUCAACUGGGAUUGCAACUCCACUAUGCCACAAGCUCCGAAAUCAAAGAUCAGCUGGAGAUACUUGUGAAGAAUUCCCAGGAGGAUGGCACUCGGAUUGUGAUGCUCCAGCAGCAGGUGCAAGAACUUCACCAGAAUGUGAAGACAAGUGAUCUAUGGUUGCGACAGGGAGUCCAGAAUCUGCUGCAAUUAUCAGAGGACUCUUAUACCGCAUUAAUAGCACAGCGUUUACUCGACAGUCUCAGAUUUGAUGAGAUGGACGACCGAUUCCAGGCAGUCGCACGUGCUCAUGAGAAGACAUUUGGAUGGAUAUUCAACAGUCAUGAUGGACAUGAUGAGAACAGCAUAAUGGAUGAGCAUUCUGAGCACAGUUCUGAUGAUGGCUACGAUGUGGUUGAUGAAAGUGGUGUGAGUGAUGAUGAUACGCAUGAAGAGGACCCCUAUCGCACCACUGCCCGGAAAUCCUUUCUUUCGUGGCUGACAUACGGUCAUGGCAUUUUCCAUAUCUCAGGCAAGUUAGGAUCCGGUAAAUCCACCCUGAUGAAGUUUCUCUACACAGAUUCCCGCACCCAAAAGAUGUUAAGAAAGUGGGCUGGCUUGGGAACGCUGGUCAUGGCAAGCUUUUUUUUCUGGAAACCGGGAUCCCAAUUGCAAAAAACCACAACGGGCCUUUUGCGUUCACUUCUUUACCAGGCCCUUUCAAAAGUGCCAAGCCUGAUCCCAGAGAUCCUACCUGAACAAUGGAAAGAAAUCACGUCGAGACCAUGGCAGGUGUAUGCGAAAAUUGAUUUCUCACCGGACAGUCUUCGGGGAGCACUGGUUCGCCUGAUUGAUAGUCAAUCUGAGGAUCUUCGGAUCUGCUUCUUUAUCGAUGGUCUCGACGAGCGUGACGAGAUGUCCGUGGACGAUGAUAACCGGGCUAUGGUCAAUAACCUGUGCCGCUGGUGCAACGAAACAUCUGGGCGUAUAAAAAUCUGUGUUUCUAGCAGGGAAGAUAAUGUUUUUAUGGAACACUUCCCUGAUGAAAGCCGGAUUCGCAUGCAAUAUCUUACACAAGAGGACAUGAGAAUUUAUAUUCAUGACAGAUUGCGCUUCAUACGAUCUUCAGAUCAUUCGGAGGAUAUAAUCUAUUCCAUCUAUUAUAAGGCUGAUGGGAUAUUUCUAUGGGUGGCUUUGGUCACAAAACGAUUGAACGAUCUCCAUGAGAAUGGGGCCAGCUGGAGAAGACUCAGGGAGGAGCUUGAUCAUGCUCCUCAAGGAUUGAGUGCCCUCUUCGACCACAUCUUACAAUCACUUGACCCCUCUGACCGGAAGCGGGCGUAUCAGACAUUCGCAAUGAUGCGAAAAGCGAGAGAAUACCACCGUUCCUUACCGCUGCUCUCUUACCCUUUCAUCGACUAUUACGAUGGAGACUCAGAUACUUGCGAUUAUACACAUUGGUGUGCGGAGAAUAUGUCUGAAAUCGAUCGUAUUGUACAGGCACGCAAGAUGCUGAUGGGCUACUGUGGAGGUUUGGUCGAGGCGGAUCCUCAAAGUUCCGAACCAUUGACCAUGUCCUUCACACAUCGUUCUGUGCCAGAGUUUCUCAAUUCAAUGAAACCAAAGGAUAUGGAGAAAUCCCUUCGAGGGUUCUGUGCCGAGGAUGCCGUUUCCCGGCUUCUUCUUGCCUAUCUGUGGGCAAGAGAUACAUCGGAAUGUGAGGACUACGCUUUCGGACACUACAGUUGGCUCAGUUCACUGACCCGCGAGAUAAUGGAAAUGAGGAAACACGGGAAGAUUGGGAGAGCCCCAUUUCUUUUCGAGGAACAACUUGAGCUUGCUCUUGCCCGGCUGGGAGUGAGAAGUAUCACAGAGCAAGAUAAUUACAAAAGCAUCUUACUUAAUAUUGACGAUGCACUUUUUUUGACCGAAGUCGCAACAUUUCACAAGGGUCCUGAAACAAAGUCCUAUCAUAUAUGCAACCCUUACCUGCUCGCAGCAUGCCUUGGGGAUUUCGCUUAUGUGCUGUGGAAAGUGACACACGAUCCUUUGGUCACAAGCACCCCUUUGCAGAGAAUUCUCCUCUUCUACUGCAUUUUAUAUUCAGGCAUAGAAGACGACUCAGCGAGAGUCCGCCGGAUUCUUGACAUAUUACUGGAAAAGGGCCUUAAACCACAGACGAUGACGAGUCUAGGGCCGGGACUAAGCCGCGAUAACAGGAUCGACCACCUUGAGGUCACUGUUUGGCAGCAUUUGAUCAUACACUUUCUUCUCACUGUUGCCGAUCGAGAAGAUAUGACCACCUCUUCACACGGCAUCUGUUGGAAGUGGGCUUUAGAAAACAAAGCUGAUCCUCAUUUUGCGGUGUGCAUCCCUAGGGAAAAGAUCCAAGGCCACCACUAUUAUAGCGAUCAAAAGACGACGCUGAUUCUUGGGAAAGAUAAACGCCGACUGGACGGCGUUCCCAUGUCAAUCAGCUUUCCCUCGCCGAUUACGUCUGAGAAAUACCCGGACCCGGAAGGCACCGGUAUUCGGAUGACGCUGAUUGAUAUAAUCAAUGAAGGGAAUUUUGAGGAUCGGGAAGAGCUGAUUGCGUUGGUCGAGCGAAACACCCGGCUUUUGCAGAACGGGCCAGAGGGCACUGAAGACCCCACAGAUAAAGGCUCCCCUGGGAUAGUUCCAGAGGAAGACUUAGCUGAACAGACGAGUGACAUAUCUGCCAUAUUACCAGCAAGCGAAAUAGACACCGCGCCAAUUGCUCAAAAACAGUCCUCUUACGCAGCCAAAAGAACUUUGGUGAUUGUAUAUCUCCUGGGUAGGUGGUUUGUGUUCUAUGAUAUUAUCUCUAUUGACAACCUCUUGCAGGCAUUCUAUCUGGUAUAG